UUUACAAGCUAGUACUAGCUAGAGUACUCAUUGUUUGAAUUGACGAAUAAAAUAUUGUUGAUAUGAAAAAGACAACACACGUUUUAAAUCAGGCAUCGACACAGGCAGUCAGUUCGCUUCCUUCCCGUUGAACGGGUGAGUGGCUUAAUUCUCCUUUGAGGAGUCGUCGUUUUUUGGGCCAAAUAAUACAAGCCAAGCCAAUUUAUUCUCGAAUUGCUGCUGUCUAGACUCGAUUUGGGCGUUUGAAGUUCAUUCCCGGGUGCCAUCAGCAAGUUCGUGGGUUUGCUUUGGCUCUGUUAUUACUUUCGCUUUUGACGGUGCUUCCUUGGUCGCGCCCAAGUGAGCGUGCGCCACGAAGUAGCUCUUCGGCCACAUUAGCUGGAGUGUUAAUCGUUUGGAUUUCCGACCAAGCUGCUGCUGAAAGGGCGAUCACGGACAACUAGAAAGCGCAGUUCCUGUUUGAGGUGGCACCGCCGCGCGGUUGUCUAAUCGAAAAUCAAGUCGGUUAUUUUAUUUCAAUCGGCAGAAGAACAUGAAGAGCCAGGUUUUUUGGUGUCUAUUGUUGUGGUCACGGCUUGGCUGCGCUGUGGACGUGUACGUCGCUCUGGGGCAAACGCUGACUGUACGGCCUGAGCUUCAAGGCCCCAUCAAGAGCUUAGAGUGGAAGCGGAACCGCAACCUUCUCGUCGAAUGGGACGGAACGAGCGUCACGUCAUACGACGACCGAGUCUCUUUAGACGUGAGCAACGGCGUGCUGAAGCUUGUGCCCGCGGUGGCGACGGACGCGGGCAUUUUUACGCUGUCAUUGAACGCCAUUCAGCACGAUAAGGUCUUCGUCGUCAAGGUGAUCAGACACGUACCUGAACCGGAAGUGCAGCCGAACCCUCUGGCGUGCUCCGAGAAAUUAAAGAACUGCACGCUGCACUGCGGUGGGAACACAAGCGGCGCCGAGCCUAUCACGUAUUCAUGGAAAACCGAACCCGUAACGCAAAUGACAGGACGGAACUGGAACAUCGACCGGACAAGCGACUCGAUCAGGAGCUUCAUUUGCAUCAUGCAAAACCCGUUGGGCCAGAAGGAGAGCCAAGCAUUCCCCAAUCCGUUCUACCGUGCUAAAGAAACUGAACCUGGCUUGGGAGCCGGUGAGAUCGUGGGGGUGAUCGUGGGCGUGAUCGCGCUUGUGGGCGUGAUGACCGCUUUGGUCUACUUGUGGCGCAAGAAACAAAGGAACGCAGAAAUCAGCGAGCCCAACGGAUCCGCGCGUGGUACUAACUUGGAAGCGUCAAAACCGCUACACAGCGACACUUGACCGGUGUGGUUGCCAGGACAACACAAGGACUUGAUCGGGACUUCCAAUCCAAGCGCAGCCGCCACAGAGACGGAUGUCGACCUUUCCUUUGACCGCUUUAAGACUUUCUACUGGCAUGAAGAUGAAACUCACACAACUUGAAUAUGUCAGUUGUGACACACAGGAAGUCAAAUGUAAUCAACUGCGCUCUGCUAUGUCUUCUUACAUUUAGAGCUUCUGUUUGCUUGUGAAAGAACGCUUGCUCUGCUUUAAGUUUUGAGGGCUAUCAAAUGUUUCUAUUAGUUAAUCCCAGUGUGACUUGUCAUCUAUGUGUCAAACAUUUCCCCCUCAAAAUAAAGUAUUCAGUUGAGUUCAAAGCUCCCCCUAAGGCCCUGAAUUUGGAUCUACACAAC